UAAACGAGAGAUGAAGGUGGGCGAAGGAAGUAAUUGCAGAGAGGAAACACCAUGUAUGGCAACAUGUGUUUAGUUGUUGCCUGACUAGUUGUGCUGGCUCACUCACUGCUGGACCAGAAACCACAUAUACACACUCUCUCUCUCCUCUAUUUAUUUCUCCCACACACAGAAAACAAUAACACUCCUUACAGCCUACAUUUUUCUCUCUCUAAACAAUAAACUAGACAUUUUCGUAUCUCCUCUACCUUGGAUUUGUGUUUGUAACCUUGUGACAGAAGGAAAAGAGCCAUGCCACACUCCACGAUGCUGCUGGCCCAUCUCGGAAUCUACCUGAUCCUGCUUCCUACAUUCUUAUACGCAGACAUCCCAGUUUGGCGAGCGGACAACUACCCUCACCCGAGAAAUCAAUAUGUCUUGUGUAAACAAAACAAACCAGAAUGGUUGUGUGAUCCGGACGGUCUUUUGGACAACAACGCAAAGGACAUUCUUAAUUUGGUGCUGGAAGAAAUGAACGUUAAGUAUACGUUGUGCCCUUGCAGUGCCUGGGAGUGUGAGAGCAACUCUGGUGGCUACUAUACUUCGGUUAUUCUGGCCAAGAAGAUCGAGACGGGCACCAACACCAGCCAAGCUGCGCUUCUGAAUAAUGCCAUUGGUUUCGUGUCUGAGCUCGACAAACGUUGGUCGUUCAAAGAAGAGCGAUGCGAAGAAGGAAUCAUCUUGUUCUAUUCCCGGGACGACAACACUUUACUGACCUACAGUGGUAAAACGGCACGCAAGGUCCUUACCCCGGAACUGAUCCGUGAAAUUACCGAAAAGGCGGGCCAACAUUUCCUCCCCGAUGAGAAUAUUUCUGUGGGUUUGCUGAAAAUGGUCGGAGACUAUCGUCAGGUGUUGAAUAACCAUUAUGUACCACAAUCGAAACACCUUGGAGGUGAAGAAUUAAUUGGUUCUACCAUCAGACCUCUGCCUUACAUCUUUCUCCACCUGUUCUUACUCGUCCUUUCUGUUACCCUCUUCUCCUUCCUCGGUAACUAAGAAAACCCUUCCAGCCAUGCCAGUCUCUUCUCUGCUUUUUUUUUUUCUCUCUCUCUCUGCAAAGUUGUUCAUCUUUUAACAACAACAAAAAAACGGCUCCAACCAUUCUAUAUAGACACACACAAAAUCGGUUUCGCUAAUAACGAUGAUAAGGAUUUUUUCUUACACAGACUCCAGAUUUUGAGGUCGAGGAAAUGUCUCCAUUGAGGUAAACCAAACGGUAACGGGUUCGAUCCCCCAUCAGAAUCUCACAACUGCGCCAACAACCACCACCAAGUGUCAAUAAUAAAUGCCACUCACACUUCAGUGCCUUCUCUGUUCGAAGUAACAUUUCAUUGUGGAGAGCAAUACUGUUAAUCAAUAAUAGCCAGAACCUGUAUCGAUUAAUUAUCGAACCACUGGUUUUUUGGUUUAAUUUUUUCUCUUUUCUUUCGUUUGGAAUUAACUCUUCCUUACUACUUGAGACAAUUUCAAAAACACACAUGUAUAUUAUAUAUGCUCACAUAUAUACCAAUGGAAAUAUAUACACACCAGUGGAUAUAUAUAUACAUACAUAUAUAUAUAUAUAUUAGUGGAAAUGUAUAACAACCGUCUGAAAAGUAUGGAAGACAAGAAAGACCACCAAAAUACAAUCCUCCAAGACAGUUGGGAUUUCAGCAAGAAUUCAACCAACGUUUCUAGUAUUUAUUUGUUAAAACUUAUUUUUUGAUAAUUUUCUAUUUUAUAUCUUCGAAAUAUUGAGAUUUCCACAUUCUUGGAUUGUUAUCACUUUCAGUAAUCUUCAUAUUUAAUACUAAUUAUAACAGUUAAAAGUCAAAGAGAUUUUGUUAAGAUAAGUUUGUUUUUUUUUUAGUAUUUUUGUUUCAAAUUUUUAAUUGUUUUCCUCUUUUAAUUUGUUUUUUAAGUGACAGGACUUUAAAUUUUAGAAAUAAUGUAUCAUUUGUUUUUUGCUUUUUUUUUUCCGAAUUAUCACAUCAAUUUUUUUUUUAAAGAUAAAAUUGCAAUAAAUCAAAUUAGAAGAAAGUU